GUUGCAAUUUAAUGGUGUCAAACAAAUAAGUUGUCAGGGGUUUUUUUUAUUUUUUUUUGUUUGCAUAUUUUUGCAUGCAAUUUCAUCUCAAUUUAAAUGACAUCUGCAGAUUUUCCUCUGUUAAUUAUCUGCAAAUCUGAUACACGCUGAUCAAAAAUAACACUUUUCCGCAAGUUCGAUUUUCCUCCGAUUUUUGCAGUUCAAACCAAAUUACCACAAAAAAGGGAUAAGUUCUGAUAAGCGUGCAGGUGCAAUCAACUUGACAUUUCCCGCUGUCAAAACUUUUGCACAUCAGUUUUGUUUUCUUUUUCCCCGACCGUGCGUGCUGCUGCUGUGCUGCACCGACCACAGAAUUUUCAGUAAGCAAAUCGUCGUCGUUCCGAUUUUUUCCCGUCCGUCCGUCGUCGCCUGCCACCGUGUGGCCACUCCGGGUUCGAUUCGAUUUUUUUCUAGUUUUUUUUCCGAGAGUGAGUGAUUGAAACCAUGUCGGUGUUGUCCACGUUGGGGUCGGUUUCCCGGCGGGGCUGGGUCGGAAUCGGGCUCGUCGGUUUCGUGCUGUUUUCCGACCUCAUUUGGACGCGCACCGAGCGGUGGCUGUCCGCGCGGAGGGCCCGCCGCCACACGGAGGCCACCGUGGCGGAGGUUUUCUUCGCGAACGAACGGAGUAACCGGCCGGACGACGCCGGCGUUUCGAUGGACCGGUUCACGUCGGAGCACGUCCAGCGGAUCGUGGACUAUCUGGACCGGGCGCGGGUCGCCGUGUACCUCGGGAUGUACAUCGUGACGGUGGACAAGAUCGGCGACGCGUUGAUUCGGGCCAAGAAGCGCGGGGUCCGCGUGCGGGUCAUCGGCUGUUCCUCGAUGGCGUACAGUUCCGGCUCGCAGAUGAACAAGAUGGCUGAGCAAGGUGACAUCCCGAUCCGGUUCAACGACUCGUCCAGUGCGUACCUGAUGCACCACAAGUUCUGCCUGAUCGACACGGAUUGGCUGUGCGCGGGGUGUUACCACGCGGAGCGAGUGCGCCGGUUGGGCUUUUGCUGUGACGGAAGUGGCCCCUCCAGCGGCGGCAGUGCACUUCCCGUUGGCCACGCGAUGGUCAACGGUGGUGGUGGCGGGGGGUUAGUGGCCAACGGUGGCGGAAAAGCGAUCGUGCCGUGUGACCUCGCCGAUCGGAGUGGUUGUGCGCGCUGUCGGAAGGUCCUGCGGGAGGAAAAAGAGCGUGUGCUGGUGGGGGAGGGUGGUGGUGGCCGGGAUCCGCUGCCGGCGGGGGGAAUCAUCAUUACGGGGUCCACCAAUUGGACGAUGCAGGCGCUGUCCGGCAACUGGGACAACAUGAUCGUGACGUCCCGGCCGGAGGUGGUGGCCCCGUUCCAGGCCGAGUUCCAGCGGCUGUGGGCGUGCUUUGCCUGGUCGCCGCCGAUGUUCGAGCGGGGAGGCGGAAGAGCGGCUGCGUUGCGGUAGCGGGACGGCGGAUGAGAAGAGGUUGGUUGCAUUUCAUUUCUCGAACAUCUGUUGAAGGUAAUCUUAAACCGUUUCCCAAAUCAUGCUCGCUGGAAAAGAAAGUCACCUCCAGCUGCCAUGACACAUCAAAUCCCAAUCCAUCGAAACUCAUCAAACUUCA